AAUGUCGGUGGCGUAGGUGUUGUGAUGGUUUUAUUGAGGACGUCGUGCCCCAGCAUCUGGGAGGAGUGUGUAUGUUAAGUUAAUAAUUCACAAAUGUAGUUAUGUCUGUAUUUACUGAAUAGAGGAGGAAGUGAGGCAUUCAGGUGCGCCAUUAUGCUUUUCAUCACGGUUUAAAUACUAACAUUAGUCUGUUUAAGGGACGCUUCUGGUGUGUUUUGUCAGGUAUCUUGGAGACACGACGAGAGGGAUCUGCAAAAAAGAUGACUAUUAGAUAGUUGCCAGACAGCUAGGAGGAGUAAACACUUUACCUGACAAUGAAGGAAAAUAAAAAGGCAUACACUGGGCAGUAGAAGCUAGUGUAUCAUGCCAUACCUGGUACACACUGCCCAUGCCCAGUUUGUGGGGUUAUGGGUUGGUGCGGUUGGUUGGAUUCUCACCAUUGUAGCCAUCGGCCUGGUGGAGUGGAGGGUGUGGGAGGUAUCCGACCUGUCUGUCAUCACCUCUGGUAUGGCUUGGGUGGGUAUCUGGAAGGUGUGCUUUUACACCAGUGUAAUUGUCACACCUGAAUACAAGGUCAUGUACUGCCAGCGGAUGCAACUGACGGACCCUUACAUGCCUAAUGAGAUCGCUGCUGCCCAGGCGCUCAUGCUGCUUGCCUUUAUCUUGGGAUUUUUUGCUAAUUCCAGCAUCAUUUAUGGACUCAGAAACGUCUACUUUGGACUUAAUGAGGCUAGAUCUAUCACACUGCCUUUUUCCUUUGGUGGAGGACUUAUGUUACUUGCUGGUGUGAGCUCAUUAAUUCCUCUUUACUGGAACAUAAACUCUGUGGUGACUAACCAGACCAUCAACUUUCCACCUAACUUCAACAUGCCCCCAGCUCCUGAUAAGCAGUAUGUUGGUCCAGGUAUCGCUGUUGGAAUUUUUGCGUCCAUCUUGGUGGUAUUAAGUGGAAUAGUGUUCCUGUGCUAUAAGCUGCCAGAAGGACUGAACUCCAAAAUCAAACCUUCAAGGAAAAAGGAGAACCACGGUGGACUGUGUGAAACUGAAAUGGCAGUGCAUGUAAAAUCCAGGCAAAAACCUGAGCAAGACAGAAUAAACAGCCUCGGCAUUGAUAACCUGGCUUUCCAGUCCCCAAAAGACGGGUAAAUGUGAAUGUGGGUUUUCAAUCAUAAACUCUUUCUGUGAAUGCUUGGUAAUAUGAGCGUGCGUUGAAAUGUAAGU